AUGAGACGGCGCAAUCAAAAUGAACAGCGCCGUAAUCCAUCAGUUGAUUCGAAUGCACGGGACCGGAAGCCGGGUGUAAUGUUUCCUACCACCCCCGAAAACCAGGGAGUUCCAAUCGAGGAUGUGCGAUCCUCUUAUUCGCGAUUGACAAGCACUAGUUCCCAGCGUACAGCACAACGUCACGUUUCAAUGCUGGAGGCGUCCCGGCAUAGACUUUCCAUCAGAAAAAUAGCUGCGUUUCCGAUGCAGCAGACGGCACCGAAGCCAUUUCUUGCGUCUUGUGCUGACAUCACGCGGUAUGCUAGGAAUUGGAAUGCAGAGUUCCAGUUUGCGUGGGAAGCGGAGGACAACACCAUUUCCCAGGCUGUGAGCCGGAUGGAGGCGCUUCGCCGGAUUGAGAAGGAGUUCGUGGAGGAGGCCACCCGCAAGGCGAAGCAGAUCGUGACGCUCGACGAUAACGGGCCUCGGGAGCUCCCGAAAUUUCUGCAGUGUUAUCGCGUGGACAACAUUUUCUUCCGUGUUCUACCUGACAGCCGUUCGGGAAGGAACUAUGUGGCCUCACUCCGCGGUGUGCUGCAGAGUCGUAGCCGCCUGUUGACUGUGCCGCUCUCCUGCAUGAUUUUCUACCGCGGAAUGCCUGUGCUUGCGCAGGCCUUAGUCCCUAUGUCGGCCAACCCGACCCGCCUUUAUGGGGCUGAAUCCACAGAUGACAGCGAGGUCGAGGCGGAGAUCCUCCACAUGGCGGAUGCUCUCAAUAUCCCAUUUCCCGACGGCACUCUUGAGGUGUAUGAGGGAUUGGAUGGCCGCCUGUACCUAACCAAUUCCAACUCAACUCUAACCCCGUUGUUUGUUGACGAUACAAUCAUGAAGCGCCAAGAGAUGCUGAGGCUUUGUGGCAAUGUGACAGAUGGUCAUAUGGACACAGUUUCGUUGCUUGACAACACUGAAGUGCUCGACCGCAUUGUGCACGCUUGUGUGGACAGCGAGUCUCGCUCAAACGGCGAGCGCUUGAGGAAACUGUGCGAUGUGCUGCACUCAAUCGGCAUCAACAUGUGCCUCCUGAAGCAAGUGGUGUGUAAAACUGAGGGUGUGGGGAGGUAUUCCCCUGAUGUGACACAACGAGUGAGGGAGUUGAUAUCCAUUGAAAUGAUUGCACGGUCGGUGAAACAGGAGUUCUAUUUGGAAGUUCAAGGAAAACGCGUGGCGUACGAUGACGAUAUACUGGCCGGCACCGUCUCGAAACACAUCGGGGCAGCCUUCACAAACCUGGAUAAUUUCCGCAGUAUCUUUUUGGAGGUUGUAGCCAAGAAAUAUGGCAUAAUAGAUUCCGAUGAGGAUCUCAUCAAGUCCCUAACAGACAUACGUAUGGGGAGGAAGGCGGAUAUUGUGGCGCGCAUAUGUGCCCUUAUUGGAGUUUCCAUUGAAAAAACUUCCAAAAAUCACACAGUAAUGAGAUGGCACGCCCACGUCAACGCCAGUGUAUUACCCAAAUUGAUAGAUCCUCAGUAUGUUCGCGCACUAAGUGAAAAAUACAGGACAAUCGUUACACAAGAUGGUUAUCGGUAUGCCUUUUGUCUGCCGGUCCGAUGGAAGGUGGCGUGCUGGGAUGGGCAUUAUGAUGAAGCACUUGCCCUAGUACGUGAAACUGCAAAAGCGCACAUGGAACUGUGUGCUCCUGUGAGCCUGUCACCCCUCUAUUCGCGCCGUAGCGUGUGCGAGGUGUGCUUUGCAACUAUGGAAAAAGACUACAUUGCGGAGGGCCGGGGCUUGUUUCCUGACACAAUGCGCGGUUUCGAAGAAUUGACGGGCCCUGUAACGCAAGGCCGCCUUCACAUUGAGUAUGGCUUCUGGCUGCUGCGCGUGGCGACGUUGUAUCAGUCUGACGAGCUGGCCACUUACAGAAGCUGUGUCGAGGAGGCUGCGAAGCACUUCUAUAGUGCUAUCGAAAAGCUUCCGGGCUAUCUUAAGAGUGAGCACGGUGCAUGGCUGCAUCUUCAGCCGUACAAGGGGCUUCUUCAGUGUAAACAACUUCUUCCCUCUUGCUCCGUUAACACAAAGGAGCUCGUGAGCCAUUCUGUCGAACUCAGUACCAUUGGUUGGGCGUCAGACUAUUUUAUGUACUAUCUGUGGGACUUAAGUCUGCAACUUGAGUCUGAAGGUUGGUACGAGGACGCAAUACGUGUACUUCUCACCGCGAUUACAAUUAGCAAGAAGAAACCAACUGAAUCGCGCGACUUGCCGUCCCUUUUAACUGAUGGUGCACACAUUUACCGCUCAUGGGAUCGUGAAAAAUAUGUAGAGCACUGUAUGACGUUGCUGCGGGAGGCCGGAGAUAAGGCGGCAGACUUAUUUGGUGUUCAGAGUAGGGAGUAUGCUGUCGUACAAAAUAACAAAGGUGCGAUUGAAAUUGACCUUAAUCGCUUAAGUGAUGCGGGAGAGUCGCUCAAGAGGGCCGGUCUUGCGUUCGACAAAGCCGGUGUACCGAAAGACGAUCCUGAUUUUUUGGCGUAUCUAGAGAACCUUCGUUAUCUCGAGCAGCACCUCUCUUCCAGGCCAGUGGUAUAUCGUGGGAUCUUGCAGAGGUAUCCUUUCCUUGCAACUCGUGUCGACAGCUUUCCAUUUGUUGAUGUUCGGCUGCUGGAAGAUGAGGUGUUCGUUGAACUUGCCCAUCAGCGGGCGCGAGCAAGCAAGGACACAACUGAGAGCAGGCAACUGGAACAGGCAAUGAAGGAGCGGAUGUGGGAGCUACAUCGUUCCAUCCAAGAGGGUGAUAUACUAAAACGGUACCCCUUCCUUCGCGCCGAGGUCCAUGGGGUGCGGACGGCAAGCCUCAGACUUGAAGACGAUGGAUUUUUUAUGGAUCUUGUGCAUAAGUUGCGCAGCAGCGAUGAUUCUAAACAAACGAACGCCUUGGAGUAUGCUAUAUGUGAGUAUGUUGCCAAGAAGGCAAAGGAUACAGCUCUUGAACGGGCUUUUGUCGACCGCCAGGAACAGGAGUUUAGCGAUACGCACGGGGGGUACGUCAACCUCAUGCUUCCGAUACCAUGGAUUUACGUGUUGGAGGAUGAACAAGUUAGAACACUAAUUGACCAGAUACGAAAAUGCACCAUGUCACAAUCUUUAGGACCAGGCCUUGUGCAAAUUCAGGGUCAGCUGGCCAGCCGUGUUGAUGAGAUCGAGCUCGACGCCUUUCGGUGGCGGAAGGAGUUGUCGCCCUGGCUUUCGUCAUCAAAGCGCUACUCCGUUUCUGCUACCGAUCUUGCCGGAGAUACACACCUGCAUGACCUUCUUCGCGUGCAUCGCCUUUGUGUUUCCCGUGGGGACGCCGAAGCAGAAUGGAUCCAUGCCCUAAUAUCUGCGAAGCUUGAAGCCAUGUGGGAACGGGCUUCCAUCGUGCGCACGUGCCUCGCGGUGGACGACGAGGAGUUACAUCAGCAGUUUCCCUUUCUUGAGGAAAGGCCUUAUCAUCAACGACUUUCUAUGUUACGGUUGCAUGAGGACUCGGCGGCGGCAACGCUGAUGGAUCAGUUAGCGAAGAAGAAUACUGAUAGCAAGUUGCAAUCAGAACUGGCGGUGGCGGUGCAUCACCUUGCGGCACGGCGCCACGACGAUAAUGAACUGCAGAGGCUGAACUACGACGUUGAAAGUUUCACAACAGAGAAUUUUGUAGUGGAAACCGUGCCGAACAUGCGUGAUGAUUACUACGUGGUUUUAUCCCAACGCCGCAAUGCCGAGUUCAAGAACAACGCAGAUGAUUCACCAACGGCACUGGGGCUUACACAUCAGAUGGAGGAGCGGGUACUCCAGAUGAAUGUUUGGGUACGGAAGGUAAAUGCAAACCGUUUCAGAAGGCGACAGCGUUCAGAGGCCAAAUACCCAUUUGUAAGCCGUCGGCACCUCGGAUUCACCCUGGAUGCCCUUGACGUGGAAGGGGAUAAUGAGUUCAUGGCUCUUGUGAUAGCUCGUGAGAAACUUACCGCAAUGAAACCAGUCGUCGUAGCGGAAGUAGACAAGCUCAACGCGCGCGCCAACGACCGUGUGGCUUGGCUUGCCGUGAGGCGCACGACGCAGAUCAAAGAGCACAACCAAAAAUAUCCCUUUAUUCCAAGUAGGAUGGAAGGUAUAGAUACGUCAACCAUGCAUUUGGAAGAAAACCAAAAGUUUGCGCAGAAAGCAGAGCAGUAUUCAAAGCUCCCCAACUCACUUGGUACCUCCAACGAUCUUCGGCGAAAGCGGCUUGUAAGGGAGAUGCUAAACCACGCACUUGCCAUCGCUCGUGAGAGCAAUGUGCGCCAAUGGCGUGAAGCCAUCGAGAGUGAAGACCUCCGUGAGCGUUACCCGUUCUUGCCCGAAGAGCCUGUGCGUGGUGUGUGUCUCGCAGAUGUGCGACCUGCUCAGCAACAGGAGUUCCGUGACCUGUCGAAUGAGCUGGACGAGCUACGCCGCGAUCCGGCAGGCAACGCAGAGGCGAUUGCUGCUAUGGAGGAGAAAAUGAAGGCGCUCGUGACGCAAUUGGCCGAGGAGAAUGCUACGAAAACGGAUGCGGUCCAUAAACAGUAUCCCUUCCUUCCGAAACGAGUAAUGGGUAUUCCUCUUGGUGAGCUUCCAAUCAAAGAUGAUGAAGUAUUUGCCGCUUCUGAGAAGGAGACCACAACGAAAAAAGAAACUGUGCUUCAGUCAAGGGUUGUGCAACUUGCGUCUGGCGCACACUUAAGUGAAGUUCUGCUCGCCGAUGCCGAUGAUGCUGUACUCUCCGGAAACCCCUUUCUUAUUUACACAACGCGGAAGUGUUUUCCUUUGCGUCACAUUCGCUUGAGCGAGGACAACCUGUUCAACCAGCUUCUUGCUGAGUACAAAUCUCUUCUGCAACGAUUCAAAUUGGAUGAAGACUCCGUCGCUAGUGUUCGAUUCCGACUUGCAUGUAGAGCAGAUGAAAUUGCCCUGGAGGAGAUAAAGAAGAUUGAAAAGAUAAUGGAGAUGUUCCACGAACUGAAGCCACUUAGUCUAGAGGACAUUCGUCUCCUAGAAAGCCAAGGAGUCCUUGCAAUGACAGGCGACGGAUCGCCUGAUGCAGUUCAUCCCGAUCUCCUUAAUAGCGUGCGCGACAUACUUGAAAAUGAACGCAAGGGUCGGGCAGCCAAGGUGCGCGAAGUAGAUGAGCUGCGCAAAACAUACCCGAUGCUUGGGCGAAACAUCGACCCCAACAUGCUCCACAACCCACUUGUCGCAAAACUUGUUGGCGAUCAUGAUGAACUCAUGGACGAUAUAGACAAAAACGCUGAGAAGCUACAGAGGCUUGAAGCUGAGCUGGCCAGAACGACGCAGGAGAUAAUGACAUCAACACCGUCGGAUGUCAGUGAUGAUGAAAUAAAGGAUACUCAUGAUACUGGACUUUCUCAAGACGAAAUAAACACUUACAUUGAGGAGGAAAUAAUGAAUGAUAAAUAUUACCAGGAACUCCAUCGCGAAUAUCAAAGAAUUAAGGAAGAAGGUACUCCCGCAGGUAUCAAAUUGCAGCGCAUCCUUCAAACAAGAAUGGCGAAGAGAAAAUCACAGCUGCACAAAGCCUUCCGCAGCGAGAUCGAAGCAGAAGAAAGAAAGGUAGGAAGACUUAUGAAAAAUUUUCAGAAUAUACAAAAGACAGUAAAGGGUAUAAAAAUAGCAUCCUUAAACAUAUACGAAGACAACGAAAUACAGCAGCUACUGAAGGAAGAACAAAGAACAGUAACAGACAACGAAAAGAAGCAGCAAAUAGAACUUAACAAAACAAAGCGAGUGAGGGCGAUUGUUGAAGAACGCAAGGCCGAAGAGGAGUCCCUUGCAGCAGCUUACCCGUUUCUGGGACGUACCUUGAAAGGGAUCCCGCUGGGCGAGUUGCAUCUCAUGUCAGAUCCCACAUUUGCGGAGCUAGCAUCUCGCUACACGCAGGAUGCAUCUAAUAUGGAUCCGACGGCCCGGGCUCAGCAGGAGAAAUUAUUGCGUGACGCUGCUGACAAAAUCGUGAGUGACCUCCGUUCCUCUAGGCUCCGUGCCGCAGUCCGUGCUGAAGGCCUCCGUGAGCGUUACCCGUUCUUGCCCGAAGAGCCUGUGCGUGGUGUGUGUCUCGCAGAUGUGCGACCUGCUCAGCAACAGGAGUUCCGUGACCUGUCGAAUGAGCUGGACGAGCUACGCCGCGAUCCGGCAGGCAACGCAGAGGCGAUUGCUGCUAUGGAGGAGAAAAUGAAGGCGCUCGUGACGCAAUUGGCCGAGGAGAAUGCUACGAAAACGGAUGCGGUCCAUAAACAGUAUCCCUUCCUUCCGAAACGAGUAAUGGGUAUUCCUCUUGGUGAGCUUCCAAUCAAUGAUGAUGCAAUGUUUUCUCAGUUGGGCCAGCGCUGGUUGCAGCAGAAGAGUAGCAGCGACGGUGGCAAAGAUGCGGUAGCGACUGAGGAAGAGAUGUUGCAGCGGGUUAAGGACCUUGCUCGUCUUGCAAGACUGGCUGAGAAGGAGAGUGAAGACGCCAAUGAGUAUGUGCGUGCGUGCAAUCCCUUCCUUUUGUACGAAGAUCGUAAGUGCGUGCUCCUCAGUGACAUACCGCUUUCCAAAGAUGAUGGGUAUCAGAAAUUGUUUAAUGAGCACCUCUCCGCGCUUGAGGACGCUGAGGCAAAUGCGGAGCGACUGACAGAGCUGGAGGAGGCGUUGCGUGCUCGUGCUGAUGAGCUGGCGCUUAAUGAGUCGGUUAGGCGCGCGUUGCUUAAUAAAUGUCCAUUCCUUGCCUCACAAGACGGUCUCGAGUUGUCGGAGAAGCUAUUACAUGACCCGGUGUUCCAACAGCAGUGCGCUCGGUAUGACGAACUGAUGCGUGAUCCCGUCAAGAACGCCGACGCGCUGCGCCAGCUUGAACGUGAGAUGAGCUUGAGCAUGAAGAGUGCAGCUGGUGGUGACCCGACCGCGUCUGGCAGUGUGGGAGGUGCAGGUGCAUUAGAUGGAACAAGUGCAGCAAAGGGUGCAAGGACUAGUUCUGAUGGUGAAAGUUUUGCUGGUGGACUCCCUGGCGCUAGGGGGAGCGUUGCUGCUGUUGUGUACCCUUUUCUUCCGGAGACGUUUUUGGGUGUGUCGCAGGCUGAGUUGUACCUUGAGGAUGACCCGUACUUCCAGGAGUUGCUGGCGCGGUACAACGAACUUGUUCCCGAUGGUAGAAAGCCCGAAUCACCCCUCGAGAAGCAAAUAUAUGAGCAACUCUGCCGACGAGCAGGCCAAAUUGCAGGAGACGUUCUGAAGCUCCAAUCAGCAGAGCAGCGAGCAGCUGCACGCGAUGCUUCACUGUACUCCUUUGUUGACCCUUCGCUGCUGGCUGAGGUUCCGCGGGACUUGACGUUGGAGGAUGACGACGAAUUCUGUGAACUCAUGAAGAGACGCGAUGAAGAGAAAGCGAAGGGACCUAACGAAGUAAAUGCAGAGGUUAUUCGAGAGGCUGAGGCUGGACUGGCCAAGCGAGUGAGGGCGAUUGUUGAAGAACGCAAGGCCGAAGAGGAGUCCCUUGCAGCAGCUUACCCGUUUCUGGGACGCACCUUGAAAGGGAUCCCGCUGGGCGAGUUGCAUCUCAUGUCAGAUCCCACAUUUGCGGAGCUAGCAUCUCGCUACACGCAGGAUGCAUCUAAUAUGGAUCCGACGGCCCGGGCUCAGCAGGAGAAAUUAUUGCGUGACGCUGCUGACAAAAUCGUGAGUGACCUCCGUUCCUCUAGGCUCCGUGCCGCAGUCCGUGCUGAGGACCUCCGUGAGCGUUACCCGUUCUUGCCCGAAGAGCCUGUGCGUGGUGUGUGUCUCGCAGAUGUGCGACCUGCUCAGCAACAGGAGUUCCGUGACCUGUCGAAUGAGCUGGACGAGCUACGCCGCGAUCCGGCAGGCAACGCAGAGGCGAUUGCUGCUAUGGAGGAGAAAAUGAAGGCGCUCGUGACGCAAUUGGCCGAGGAGAAUGCUACGAAAACGGAUGCGGUCCAUAAACAGUAUCCCUUCCUUCCGAAACGAGUAAUGGGUAUUCCUCUUGGUGAGCUUCCAAUCAAUGAUGAUGCAAUGUUUUCUCAGUUGGGCCAGCGCUGGUUGCAGCAGAAGAGUAGCAGCGACGGUGGCAAAGAUGCGGUAGCGACUGAGGAAGAGAUGUUGCAGCGGGUUAAGGACCUUGCUCGUCUUGCAAGACUGGCUGAGAAGGAGAGUGAAGACGCCAAUGAGUAUGUGCGUGCGUGCAAUCCCUUCCUUUUGUACGAAGAUCGUAAGUGCGUGCUCCUCAGUGACAUACCGCUUUCCAAAGAUGAUGGGUAUCAGAAAUUGUUUAAUGAGCACCUCUCCGCGCUUGAGGACGCUGAGGCAAAUGCGGAGCGACUGACAGAGCUGGAGGAGGCGUUGCGUGCUCGUGCUGAUGAGCUGGCGCUUAAUGAGUCGGUUAGGCGCGCGUUGCUUAAUAAAUGUCCAUUCCUUGCCUCACAAGACGGUCUCGAGUUGUCGGAGAAGCUAUUACAUGACCCGGUGUUCCAACAGCAGUGCGCUCGGUAUGACGAACUGAUGCGUGAUCCCGUCAAGAACGCCGACGCGCUGCGCCAGCUUGAACGUGAGAUGAGCUUGAGCAUGAAGAGUGCAGCUGGUGGUGACCCGACCGCGUCUGGCAGUGUGGGAGGUGCAGGUGCGUUAGAUGGAACAAGUGCAGCAAAGGGUGCAAGGACUAGUUCUGAUGGUGAAAGUUUUGCUGGUGGACUCCCUGGCGCUAGGGGGAGCGUUGCUGCUGUUGUGUACCCUUUUCUUCCGGAGACGUUUUUGGGUGUGUCGCAGGCUGAGUUGUACCUUGAGGAUGACCCGUACUUCCAGGAGUUGCUGGCGCGGUACAACGAACUUGUUCCCGAUGGUAGAAAGCCCGAAUCACCCCUCGAGAAGCAAAUAUAUGAGCAACUCUGCCGACGAGCAGGCCAAAUUGCAGGAGACGUUCUGAAGCUCCAAUCAGCAGAGCAGCGAGCAGCUGCACGCGAUGCUUCACUGUACUCCUUUGUUGACCCUUCGCUGCUGGCUGAGGUUCCGCGGGACUUGACGUUGGAGGAUGACGACGAAUUCUGUGAACUCAUGAAGAGACGCGAUGAAGAGAAAGCGAAGGGACCUAACGAAGUAAAUGCAGAGGUUAUUCGAGAGGCUGAGGCUGGACUGGCCAAGCGAGUGAGGGCGAUUGUUGAAGAACGCAAGGCCGAAGAGGAGUCCCUUGCAGCAGCUUACCCGUUUCUGGGACGCACCUUGAAAGGGAUCCCGCUGGGCGAGUUGCAUCUCAUGUCAGAUCCCACAUUUGCGGAGCUAGCAUCUCGCUACACGCAGGAUGCAUCUAAUAUGGAUCCGACGGCCCGGGCUCAGCAGGAGAAAUUAUUGCGUGACGCUGCUGACAAAAUCGUGAGUGACCUCCGUUCCUCUAGGCUCCGUGCCGCAGUCCGUGCUGAGGACCUCCGUGAGCGUUACCCGUUCUUGCCCGAAGAGCCUGUGCGUGGUGUGUGUCUCGCAGAUGUGCGACCUGCUCAGCAACAGGAGUUCCGUGACCUGUCGAAUGAGCUGGACGAGCUACGCCUCGAUUGGGAAGGCAAUUCCGAGACAAUUGCUGCUAUGGAGGAGAAAAUGAAGGCGCUCGUGACGCAAUUGGCCGAGGAGAAUGCUACGAAAACGGAUGCGGUCCAUAAACAGUAUCCCUUCCUUCCGAAACGAGUAAUGGGUAUUCCUCUUGGUGAGCUUCCAAUCAAUGAUGAUGCAAUGUUUUCUCAACUGUGUCGUCGUCGUGCUCGACAGGCAAAACUUGCUGGUGGUGCCAAAGGCGCAGUAGCGAUUGAAAAAGAGAUGUUGCAGCGGGUUAAGGACCUUGCUCGUCUUGCAAGACUGGCUGAGAAGGAGAGUGAAGACGCCAAUGAGUAUGUGCGUGCGUGCAAUCCCUUCCUUUUGUACGAAGAUCGUAAGUGCGUGCUCCUCAGUGACAUACCGCUUUCCAAAGAUGAUGGGUAUCAGAAAUUGUUUAAUGAGCACCUCUCCGCGCUUGAGGACGCCGAGGCAAAUGCGGAGCGACUGACAGAGUUGGAGGAGGCGUUGCGUGCUCGUGCUGAUGAGCUGGCGCUUAAUGAGUCGAUUAGGUGUGCGUUGCUUUUGAAGUAUCCAUUCCUUUCUUCUCUUGAUGGUCUUAAUGAUUUGACUAUGUUGCUUCGUGACCCGGCUUUCCAACAGCAGUGCGCUCGGUAUGACGAACUGAUGCGUGAUCCCGUCAAGAACGCCGACGCGCUGCGUGAGUUGGAGGAGGAAAUGAAUAGGCGUGGUGAAUAUCUUUCUUGUUGCGACGCUCGGGGUGAUGGAAGAAAGAGGGCUAUGUCUUUUGUUAUUCUUAUGACGCCUUCCGGUGGUAAUGCUGCCGAGGGAGCUUCUAAUUUGGUUGGCACUGGCUCUAGAAAGUCUUUUAACGUGUCGCCGCGAAAGAGUAGGUUGAGUAUUGUGGAUGCCGAUCAAAAUCAACAUUUAUCUUCUUUGAUGCUGAUGCCCAACGAAAGUGCCAUGGAGUGUUUUAAGGAAACAGAGGUGGUGAGCUUCGAUGCGUGCUCGCGGAGAAAGUUGCACAAAAUGAGAGGCCAGAAAAGAAGGAAAACACACUUUUUCUCCGAUGGAGGUGCCGCCGUAGACGGUGAGGAGGAGGCGCUUGUUGGUGAUGCGGAAACUGUAGUUGACGACGCUGCUGUUGGAGUAAAGGGGGAUCACGAUGAUGCUUCCGAAGGUGCUCUGGCUCCUUCCAUUGAUGCUGGAGUUGGUGAAGAGAGCGAUAACUUAAAGACGGCUGCUGGUGCUGAAGUUGUUGGAGACGAGACAAGCUCGGUGGCCGUGGCUGGGGGUGUCUGUGAUGAUGGAAAAAGUGGGUCAAUAUGUGCGGCUGAUGCUGAGGACGCCGAAGGCGAUGGUGGCGUUACUGAUGUUGUAGAAGGUGAAGGUGCUAUCGUUAACGAUGGUAGUAUAAGCGGUCUCACUGACCACCGUGAAGCGGACGCUCUAUGUGCAUCGGAGCGUGACGCUGAAGGAAGCGCCGAAAAGGGAGAUCGGCCAGAAGGAGAUGAAUUGUUGGCACUACGCCGUCGACGUAUGGAAGAGUUCGAUGCUGAAUUGGAGGAACUACUGGUAUUAGAAAAUCGCUCACGAUCUCUCCAUGAAGAGGACGAGAGACACGACAGGGAUCACAUAAUGCUAACGUGUGAGGAUGAGGAGAAAACGAUGGAAAAUAGAAGGAGAGCAGCUGAGAAGGUGAAACGUUUGGUUGGAGAGGAGGAGCCGGGUGCUCGUCGUGAGGUGGAGGCCGGCGAAAAGGAGGAGAUAGAGGACCUUAGGCAGGCACAAAUGUUGUCACUAAGGUUAAUAGAGUGUGUUGUGGCUCUUUCGAAAAAAGAAACAGAAAAGCGUCAUGCCAUCGAAGCCGAAGAACGGAAGUCCGUGAAAGCCAUUAAUUGUGCACGUGAGACCUCAGCACGUGAUGCACUAACCGCCCAAGAACAACGCGAAAAGGAUGAGCAAGUGGCGAAAAAAGAGGUGCAAAAGCAGGAAGCUACCUCCUUAAUCAAAAGUGUCAUAUUUGCUUAUAGGGCGCGGAGACGUUUGGCUAACCGCUUUUUAAAUCGAAGGGCACAUGAACAUAAGAAUGCCAUGGAGGACAUAUACGGUGUGGAGCACAACAGCCGCUUAGCAAUCGUCAAUGAGGAAAAGAGCGAUCUGCAAGCGUUGUUUGAGCUCAAAGACUUUUUGACCCAAAAAGUCCAGAAGGUGUCCCACAAGGUUUUUGUAGAAUUGGAAAAGGAGGAGGAUGAUGCUCGACAUCAAUUGAUCGAUGAUUUUAUGGUUCAUCUAAAAAAUCUUCAGAGGGCAUCUAGAAAGGUGCUUUCGAAGCAGCGGGAUCAGACCCCCUCGCUACAGGACUUGCUGCGGUUUGAGCAGCAUGAGGAGGCCAUGCGCACUGGUGAAGGCAGCGACUUGGAGGCAGGGCUUGGAGGUGCGGGGGAGGAAGCCGGUGGUGAUGAAAGUGCCGAUGAGGAGAAGGAAGAGGACUAUGAUGAACCUCUGAAAACCGGUAGAUAUAAGGGGUACGUCCUUGACUCCAUCGGAACUUUUUUGCUGAAAUAUGAACGCGACCUCCGAUGCUUUCGCGCCACUCUUGAGAAAAACAGGGCUGACACCGCUGUUGAACAUGAUUUAUUGAAGAAGACACGCGAUAAUGCUACGCAGGACGUGGUUCAUAACAGCAAUGGAGCCUCAUGGGUUCCGACGCGGCCCUUGCCAUUGUCCGACCUUGUUCGCGGUCCGUCGGCGCAGUAUCGUCGGGGCCGAAUAGCCGAUGUGAGGGGUACCAAAUCGACGUCCAAAUUGAACGGGGUAGAUGGAAAAAAUGGUUUGGCAGGUGAGCCCGCGCCUGCUGAAUCUUCAAGGAAGACACAUUAA